UUCAUUGGUAUCAUUCGGUGCUAAACAAAGAUACUUGGGAGAAGCAGCAAAAACUCAAGAAAUUUCAAAUUUUAAAAAUACAGUAGCUUCUCUAAAAAGACUUGCUGGUCGUACUUAUCUAGAUAAAGAAAUUCAAGAUAUUGAAAAACAUUUCAUCAAUGCUGAUUUGGUAGAUGCACAUGGUCAAGUUGGCGUUAAGGUUCGAUAUCUUGGAGAAGAAAAAAUUUUUUCUGCAACACAGUUGAUUUCCAUGUAUUUUACAAAACUCAAGGAUAUCACUGCAGCAGAGUUAAAAAUUCCUAUUUCUGAUAUUGUGAUUUCUGUACCUGGUUGGUUUACUGAUCUACAACGUCGUAGCAUUCUUGAUGCUGCAGAGGUUUCAGGAUUGAAUUGUCUACGAUUGAUAAAUGAUACUACAGCAUCAGCAUUAGGCUAUGGUAUUACAAAAACAGAUUUACCAGAAGAUAAACCUCGUAAUGUAGUGAUAGUAGAUAUUGGUCAUUCCAGCUACAAUGUGGCAAUUGUUGCCUUCGCCAAAGGUCAGUUGACUGUAAGGUCGACUGCAUAUGACAGGAAUUUUGGUGGUCGUAACUUUGAUCAGUUGCUGGUGGAUCAUUUUGCAGAAGUCUUUCGUGAAAAAUACAAGAUUGAUAUCAAAUCCAAUCAGCGAGGUCUUUUUAGACUUAGAACAGCAGCAGAGAAAUUAAAAAAAGUCUUGUCGGCAAAUCUUCAAUCACCAAUUAAUGUUGAAUCAAUUAUGAAUGAUGUGGAUGUUCAUGCCAUUUAUUCACGUCAAGAAUUUGAAGAGUUGUCUAAAAGUUUGCUUGAUAAUAUUGAUGCACCACUUCAACAGGCAUUGGAAGGAUCCGGACUUACAUUAGAUGAAAUUCAUUCUGUGGAAGUUGUUGGUGGAUCGACGCGUAUUCCGGCAAUCAAAGAACGUAUUUCUAAAUUUUUUGGUAAAGAACUUAAUUACACUUUGAAUCAGGAUGAGGCUGUGGCACGUGGUUGUGCCUUUCAAUGUGCCAUACUCUCACCGGUAUUUAAAGUUCGUGAAUUCUCCAUACAGGAUAUUACACAGUAUCCUAUAAAAAUCAGUUGGGAAAAGAUUCCGGAAAUACCCGACGAAGAAUCAGAACUAGUUGUAUUUCCAAAAUUCAAUCUGGUGCCUUCUACAAAAAUCCUGACUUUCUUUAGAAAAGAACCAUUCACCAUUGAGGCACAUUAUGCAGAGCCAGAUAAGAUUCCAGCUGGAAUAAAUUCUUGGAUUGGUAGAGUUACUGUCAAAAAUAUAGAGCCAGCGGGAAAUGGUGAUUUGAGUAUGAUUAAGGUUAAGACUAGAUUGAAUAUUCAUGGAGUGCUUAGCGUUGAAAAUGCAUAUUUGGCUGAAGAACCACAAGAUCAGAUACAAGAUCAGACACAACCAAUGGAUGUAGAUGUUAAACCAAUAGAAACAACCGCCCCUUUACCUACACCUAAAACAACAUCAUCGACUAAAAAAACUAAAAAAGUACUAAAGAAGAAUGAUUUGCCUAUUGUCGUAGGACAUGGCGGAUUAGAUAAAUCAAUCAUUGUACAAUUAGGAGAACAAGAAGGACAGAUGGCAGCAACUGAUAAACUUGUAGCAGAUACGGAAGCACAAAAGAAUGCACUUGAGGAGUAUGUGUACGAAAUACGUUCGAAAUUAGAAUCAAUCUAUUCAGAAUUUGUUAAACCACAAGAUAAAGAAAAAUUACUAGGAUUACUUAAUGAGACAGCAGAUUGGCUUUACGAUGAAGGAGAGGAUGCAACUAAAUCAGUGUAUGUUGAGAAACUUGAAGAAUUAAGAAAAUAUGGAAAUCCGAUUGUUGUUAGGUACCGGGAAGCAGAAGAGUUGCCUAAUGCAGCGAAAUCAUUACGUGAUAGUAUAGAAUCAUUUAUAUUAAAGGCCAAUAGUAAUGAUGAAAAAUUCUCGCAUAUUCCUGAUGAGGAGAAAAAGAGUAUUGUCGAGAAGGCACAGAAAGCAUCAAAUUGGUUGAAUGAAAAGCUUGAGGCACAAUCCAAGCUUCUAAAAUAUGAACAACCUAUUGUUUAUUCUUCUGAUAUCCUAAAAGAACGAGAGAAAGACAUGUUAACACAACUUUCCACUGAAUGUGACUGGAUAGAAGAUCUUGUGAGAAAAUUACAAGUGGUUGGGAUUCUUCAAGGAGCUAGCAGGGUUCAAGGAUAUAUUUUCCAUGUUCAACAUAGAAAGGUCCAUGAAGUUUUUGGACAUUUAACUAAAUCUGCCCCACUUGCUUUAGUUUUAAAGGAAAUACUU